CCCCAGAAACCCCAAACUUCCUCGGCUCUGUUUCCUUUUGUAAUUUGGGUCCAGCUUUGCUGGGGGUCUAGCAAGGGAGAGUCCAAAAGAGCCGCUCUGGCCGUCUGUCUCCUCUCUCCCUGGCCGGCCAAGGCGUGUUUCCUUUGAAACUGCCACGUCUUUCAAUCGCCUGCUUCCCCAAACCGUGCAUCGCAUGUGAUUGUUUCUUUAGUAGAAGAUUAUCCAAACUAUAUGAUCAUAAAUCUAGACAAGCUGGAUUACUGUGCAAGCUUGAAGAAUCUUGAAACCAUUUCUAACAAAAAAAACUACAAAUUUAUAAAGGGUGAUAUAUGCGAUGCUCAUUUGGUGAAACGGCUUUUUGAAACAGAGGAAAUCAAUAUAGUGCUACAUUUUGCUGCACAAACACAUGUAGAUCUUUCUUUUGUCCGUGCCUUUGAGUUUACAUAUGUUAAUGUUUAUGGUACUCAUGUUUUGGUAAGUGCUGCUCAUGAAGCCAAAGUGGAAAAAUUUAUUUACGUCAGCACAGAUGAAGUAUAUGGGGGCAGUCUUGAUAAGGAAUUUGAUGAAUCGUCACCCAAACAACCCACAAAUCCUUAUGCAUCAUCUAAAGCAGCUGCUGAAUGUUUUGUACAGUCUUAUUGGGAACGAUAUAAGUUUCCAGCUGUCAUCACAAGAAGUAGCAAUGUUUAUGGGCCACAUCAAUAUCCAGAAAAGGUUAUUCCAAAGUUUAUAUCUUUACUACAACACAACAGGAAAUGCUGUAUUCAUGGAUCAGGGCUUCAAACAAGAAAUUUCCUGUAUGCUACUGAUGUCGUAGAAGCAUUUCUCACUGUCCUCAAAAAAGGAAAACCAGGUGAAAUUUAUAACAUCGGAACCAAUUUUGAAAUGUCUGUUGUCCAGCUUGCCAAAGAACUAAUACAACUGAUCAAAGAGACCAAUUCAGAGUCUGAAAUGGAAAAUUGGGUUGAUUAUGUUAAUGAUAGACCUACCAAUGACAUGAGAUAUCCAAUGAAGUCAGAAAAAAUUCAUGGUUUAGGAUGGAAACCUAAAGUGCCUUGGAAUGAAGGAAUAAAGAAAACAAUUGAGUGGUACAGAGAGAAUUUUCACAAUUGGAAGAAUGUGGAAAAGGCAUUAGAACCUUUUCCGGUACAAUCACCAUGUCUAUAAUCAGCGAUUUUCAGAGAAAAAAGAAAAUUAUCCUACCUCAACAGGCAAUAUGCAAUCAAGUGACCAAAUGACGUGCUUUCUUCUCAUUUGGAAUUAGAUCAUAAUUUCUUGUGUAUUACGUUCGCCUGCAAAAUGCCUCAAUCCUCGGAAGAGUUUCCAUAUUGGCAUAAGAUUCUGGAAGUCAGGGAAUAGCAGGCAUAGGAAGACUCUUCAGAGGUGAGCCAGGGAGGAAUCUUCUGGUUUUGAAACUAAAGGCAGGUGGUGGCUCUGGGUUGGUGGCAGCCAGCUUCCUGCCUUCCCCAGGGUCUAGGAAGUCUGUCUGCAGUUUUCACUUUUAAGCAACAUAUGAUGAGUAUCAUGCCCUAAUUCAUCUUUUUAAAGUCAGACAUUGUGCUCUAGUUGCUUUAAAAAUGGGACAAGAUGGAGCUUUUUAACUUUUGCACUUUUUAACUUUUGAUAAUUUUGUAAAAUUUAAGUUAAAAGCAGUACGGAAAGUUUUUAUAUUUUCAGAAUCAGUUGUUGACCUGCAGAUAACCUAUACCAGAGAAUUUUUAUCAUGUUUUUAUGUUUUAAAUGAUUUUAUUUAUAAAAUUGUCAGUAUUUUAAUGUAUUUAAUAUACAAUGUGGCUUUUAAGAUAAUGUAUGUUUUUAUUUUGCUGUAGAAAAAAAUUAAAAUAAUAUUUGAUUCAGUAUUUUAAA